AUGGGCGAUUGUAAAGACACAGAUGGGGCCAAAGCUAUUGCCGAUUUCAAGCAAUGCGCGAACUUCUCUGCGACCAUACAAUCCAUUGCCAAACAGUGCCAACAGCUUAAGACCAAAGGAUUGGACGCUUGUGUUCAACAAUUGAAUCAUUUUAUUAAUGCUAACAAAAAGAAUGAAGAUAAAGAAACCUCGACCAAAAUGAAACAAUGUGUGGACACCAGCUAUAAAUCUGCCCAAACUAUUAAGAAAUGUUAA